AUGGGAAAUAGACCAGGACACCAACACAGAGAAUCACCGUAUCCAGGUCCAUCUCCAGAUUAUAGGUUCAUUAACCUAGAAAUCGGUGCCGGACAAGAAAUGAUGUCAAGAAAUGUAGAAGCUUUAGCACGACAUUACAAUGAAAAUUUUAGACUUUUAUGUUUAAACAAAACAUUAUCUCAGACACAUUCUGGUAUGGUUUCUCCAACUAUCAAAGUUCCUAAUCAAGCUAUUAACAUUUACCGUUCUCCGAACCCAAAUGAAGUCUGGAGACUCCAAAUUGAAAAGUCGGUUAUAGAAAGUUGCAGAACGUUACAGGCUUCUUCACAACUAAUCAAAACUAUGUCAACAAUGUCUGAACAAGGUGGGAGAUUGAUUUGUAUUGAAGAAACUGUACAACAAGUCGCUCACGGUACCUCCGGUGGAUCACGAGGCUCCAUUGGUGUUGAUGUGUUCUUUGAUAUGCCAACUCACCCAAAUCCACAUAUAUACGAGUACCAUCUUCAACCUAUACCAAUGGAAAUAAAAGCAGGUUCUGGUGAAACUGUGUGCAGUGAAUGGGCCUCAUUUUUAGAAAUGAACUUGUGGCAAGGAUUGCGAUUGGUUGAUAUAUUCAUUGACAAAAGUAAUGUCGCUGAUACUAUUUGGUUUUUUGAAACGAUUGAUCCUAAGACGGAUGGUAUUACACCAAUGUACGAAGGAACUGUUGUUGAUCACUGUAUUACAUUGCAGGAUGGAUUCUCUGCUUCCUGUGGUUUAGAAUUUAGAAUUUAGAUUCUUGAAAUGGCAUCUCAAGGAUGGGAAUUGGCUUGUACUCUUAGGACAGCAGAAGAACGUGGAACUGGGGUUUCUAUGGCCAAAAUAAAAUUCCUAAUUUUCUUUCAAAGAAACAUAUAUCCAUAGCCAGCACCAAAGGCUUACGUUUUUUUAAGAUGCCUCGGGCACCACUCUAGACAAGAAUUCCUUCAAAAGUAGUAACAUUAUAUAGUAACAUUAAUAACUUUAAAACUCACUAAAGAAAAAAACAAUUUUGAUCCAAACCGCUGCUGUCUAAGACCAAUAAUAUACAUGUAUAUGAUUUGAAUU